GCAGUUCAGGCGACUGGUUCCAAGCUCCAAGCUCUCCAGAGUCUCCACCAACCUCCACAUUCGGGGUCAGCUUAGCCUAAGCCGACAACACAUCUAGACAACCCAGCGGCAAACUUCAUCAGCACAAAUUCUUCCACUCUGCUGAAGCUUCAACAAUGACUUCCUAAACUCAUCCACCCUCUGCAGCUCAUGGCCACCGAACCCGACCCCUCAGCCCCAGAAAUCCACAUAACAAGACCAUCCAUCAUCUCCAAACCCCUCCAAAUCGCCAAAGAAGUCAUGGCAACUCCCGACCCCACCACAAGCACAACAAAACAAGGCAACCCACACGCCAAAUACGCCCAAUACCCUUCCCUUCGCAAUAAAACAGUCCUCAUCACAGGCGGAGCCGAAGGCAUCGGCGCAUCCGCAACCUCCCAAUUCUCCCACCAAGGCUCCCGCGUCCUAAUCCUCGACAUUUCGGAAUCCUCCGCCAUAAAACUCAUCGAAACGCUCAAAUCCCAAGGCGCUUCUCCUCUUCCAGCAUUCUACCAAUGUGAUGUCUCCGAUUUGAAAGCUUUGAAAUCAACCUGCGAUGAAAUUUUGAAGAAAUAUGGAACGGUAGAUAUUCUGGUUAAUAAUGCUGCUUCGGCAGGAGGUGCAGCUCGAGCAGGAACUUUCGAAGUCACAGAAGAAUCGUGGCAAUUCGGCGUAGACGUAAAUCUUCGUCAUCAAUUCUUUCUAACACAAUACCUCGUCCCCGCGAUGAAAACUUCUGGUCGAGGAGGGAGUAUCAUAAAUAUGGGCUCCAUUACCUGGCGCAUCCCAGCUACAGGACUGCCAGUUUAUACAGCUUGUAAAGCCGCUAUUCUCGGUCUCACUCGCACGCACGCGAAAGAAUUUGGGAAGGAUGGGAUUCGAGUCAAUUCGAUUAUGCCGGGGAGUAUUGCGACGGAGAGACAGAGGAGGGAGGUUUUGACGGAGGACUAUGAGAGGUUGACGUUGGAGAGUCAGAGUAUCAAGAGGGUUUUAGAGCCGGAUGAGGUGGGGAGGUUAAUUUUGUGGUUGGGGAGUGAGGAUUCGAGUGCGGUGACGGGGAGUAGUUAUGUGGUUGAUGGAGGGUGGGUUGGGGAUACGUGAGUGUGCAGGGUGGGUGGGAUGUUGUUAGGAGUGUGUCGAACACUUGCGAGAAUUGCCUGAAUAUGGUAGUUUACUUGUAUGUUGCAUGCC